GCAGUACGAAGAACCAUUUAUUCCUUUUUUUUAAAGCAAUUUUUACGCUUCACAGUCUAUAAAAUCAUCACUCCUUUGUUAAGGUAGAUCAGUCGUUUGGUGCGUUCCUGUUAGGAGAGACAAUAGACUUGAAGAUGAUUUCGAUUUGCUUCACCUUUUCUCUUCUUAUCGCUUGCUACUCAGCCUCCGAAGUGGUCCCGAUUCAGUCAUCCCACGUAGACGUUAGAAGGUCAGGGGCAGAAUUCUCCUACAACAUCCAAGAGAACCAUGGUGUAGCUGCCGUUGCUGAUUCUGUUCCAGUUAUACAACCAAUAGUUAAGACGAUGCACGUGGAAGAUAAAAUUAUUGAGAAACCCGUGGAAAUAAUACAUCAUCCGGAACCUGUGAAGGAGCAAACAGUUGAAUCCAGAGCUAGUGCCAAGAAACCAGAACAUGUAUCUUUAAUGCAACCACUACUAAUUUCUCCGAUUGAUUUUUACUCUUAUUAUCUUCCCUAUCAUGGUUAUUCCCUCUCCUCUGUAAGCUCCAGAGCUUCCAUCAUAUCUCCUCAUAUUUCUAGUAUGCCAUAUCCUUAUACAUUGGUAAGGCACGUUUAGUAAUAACAAACUGAUUGAUUUAAGCUUUGAUGGUUAAAUAAAUAUAUUUAGCAUUUGCAAAA